AUGGAUGCGCCUGCCUCCCUCUCCCUCUCCCUCUCCCUCUACAAACAAGCCAUCACCCAUUGCACCACGCGCCUCAGCAUGGGCUACGGUUCGGCAUCCGAGGGCGAGAUUGUCCAAGACAAGGCAACUAGAUCGCGACCUCCCCCAGCCAGUGACCACGCCAUUGACCGCAGAAGCAGACCUCGAUCGCCCCCGUCGAGGUACAACCAGAGACCUCGCGCAAACCACCAUAACCAACAUCAACACGACUCACACAAGCGCCCCUACUCCCGCCGCGACGACUACCACCAACACGAUCGCUACCCACAAGACCGUCCUUCGACACACCCGUCUCACUCCCGCCACAACCAAGAUCAUCCCGAGAAGCGCCAGCGUCACAACAGGAGCCCGUCACCUGUCCGUCAAGCACCGGUUCAUGAACAACCUGUGCCUGUCGUCCCCGAUGUCUCCGAAGAGCCCCCCGUCGAUGAGGCCAAGCUGAUCGAAGACCGCCGCAAGCGCCGUGAAGCUCUGCGCGCAAAGCAUCGAGUCCAGCCACAGCCUCUGCUCCAACAAGCAUUGCACGUCGCUACUGCCUCAGAACCCGACUCUGUCAUGACCUCGCCUGCUGCUUCAGUACCUUCGUCUCCCGCUACUCCUGCCUCUCCUGCUUCCUUUUCAAUCACAAACGACCAAGACCUUGCCAAUCCUGUCAAUGCUGACCUUAACUCUCCCGCUGCUGCCAAUGCUCCUUCAGCUGCUGAUUACGACCCGACCAUGGAUAUGCAAGAAGACAGGAUCAACGCCCGUCUCUCGGCCGCUGCCCGUUACGAGCCAAAGGAUCAGGACACCAAGGCCGACAGCACUACGACUGCUCAUCCUCCUCCUCCUCCUCCUCCUCAAUCCGCUCAACUCAAGGAACUAGAUAUGUUUGCAGAUGACGACAACGAUGACAUGUUUGCUCCCGAGCCAGUUUCUGGCCCCAAGAAGGAAGACGGCACUCAAGCCGUGCGCGUCCCUGAGGCAAAGCAACUCGAUCGCAGCCUGCUCGACGACUGGGAUGAUCCCGAAGGCUACUACCGCAUCAUUCUUGGUGAGCUCCUCGACGACCGCUACCAUGUCCAGACCAAUUUAGGAAAGGGUGUGUUUUCUGCCGUCGUUCGUGCUCUCGAUAACUCCACCAAUCGCACUGUCGCCAUCAAGAUCAUUCCUGGCAUGAAGGAGAUUGAGAUCUUGCAGAAACUCGCCGAAGCAGACCCCGAGGACAAGAAGCACAUUAUCCGUCUCGAGCGCCAUUUCGAGCACAAGGGCCAUCUUUGCAUGGUCUUCGAGAACCUGAGUAUCAACCUUCGUGAAGUCCUGAAGAAAUUUGGUCGUGACAUAGGCAUCAACAUUAUAGCUGUGCGCCAGUACGCGCUGCAGAUGUUCCUUGGCCUCACUCUUCUCAAGAAGUGCGAGAUUUUGCACGCUGACUUGAAGCCUGACAAUGUCCUUGUCAACGAGAAGCGCAACCAGCUCAAGAUUGCUGAUUUGGGCUCUGCCAUGUCUGCUGAUGAAAACGACGUUACUGAUGCCCUUGUCUCUCGCUUUUACCGUGCUCCAGAGAUCAUGCUCGGCAUCAAGCACGAUUAUGCCAUCGACAUGUGGAGUAUUGGUUGCACACUUUUCGAGCUGUACACCGGCAAGAUUUGCUUCACUGGCUCGACCAACAACCAGAUGCUCAAGGGUAUUCUAGAAUGUCGCGGAAAGAUACCAAACCGCAUGCUCAAGAGAUCAGAGUUCUGGCCCCAACACUUCGAGCCCGAUGGCACUUUCUUGAGCCAGGAAAUCGACAAUGUUACUCGUCGAGAAGUGGUACGUCGCAUGAACAUCACCAGGACCGUACCUGCCAAGGAGCUCAAGGCACGAUUGUUCGCCAGCUCCAAGGGGUUGAGCCCCGCGGAUGCCAAAGAGCUGAACCUCUUUGCCGACCUUCUGGACAAGUGUCUUGCUGUCGACCCUGUGAGAAGGAUUACACCUACAGAUGCUCUCAAACAUCCAUUCAUUUCCCGCCCAGGACCCGUCCCUCCUCACAACACCAGAUAA